AUGUUUUUUUUUUUAGGCCUGGGAACUUCCUCAGCUAAAGAAGCACGAGAGUAUUUCUCAGACAUCGAAAAGCAUACAGUACGUUUUGUUUACGAUGGCAAGGCAUCCGAUGAAAGCAUCGAUCUUGCAUUUGCUAAAAAUAAAGCGGAUGAGCGGAAGCUAUGGAUUGCGGAAUGUAGCAAAUUAGAGCCUGCUGCUGCUGGUGGUGCAUCAGAUACGAACCGUGCUGAAAGAACUUUUUCCGAAUUUAUCAACAAAGAAUUAGUGGAAUAUUCACAGCUCGAUUUACGGCGUUCCUUACCAAAUGUGAUCGAUGGACUGAAGCCAAGUCAACGAAAAGUGCUGUACACAAUGUUCGAGCGCUAUGAACGCGGUGAAGUAAGAGUAAGCCAACUGGCUGGUGCCGUUUCGCAGUAUUGUGGAUAUCAUCAUGGCGAAGAAUCGUUAGUGAAUACGAUCGUUCGUUUGGCUCAGGAUUUUGUCGGUUCAAAUAAUCUGAAUCUUUUGUUGCCAUUAGGUCAGUUUGGUACUCGUUUAGCUGGUGGUGAAGAUGCAGCCAGUGCUCGAUACAUAUAUACUGCUUUGAGCCCACUUGCUCGAGCAGUUUUCCCGCGGCUGGACGAUAAAAUUUUGAAAUAUUUGGUCGAGGAAAAUGCAUCUAUCGAGCCGCAGUGGUAUUGCCCAGUGAUUCCAAUGAUUCUAGUGAACGGUGCGGAGGGAAUUGGUACGGGUUGGGCAACCAAAAUAUUGCCACGUUGUCCGAGACAAAUAAUCGAGAACACCCAGAGACUUAUUGAUGGACGGCCAAUGCAAACUAUGGUAAUUUUUUGUUGCGAUAGGUUCUCGCUGUGA